AGAGAAAAUGCCAUCCUCAUUGGAUAAUGAUCAGCUUCUUCCUUCUUCCCCUGGAAAAUCCAAAUCCGAAAGAGCUCACCUCAUGAAUCGUCAAGUUUAUCGGUGUUUCUCUUCCACCAGCACAAUGUUCCUCUGGGCUCUCUUUCUUAUUGCAUUGACUGUUUCUUAUUUGAGUUUUCAGAGUGUUGGAAGUCCCUAUUUGUCUUCUUCCUGGGGAGGAACCAAAUGGGAGAGGCAGGUCCGGGCCUCUGCUCGGAUUAAUCGCCGAGGCGGAAUGGCCGUCCUGGUCACCGGCGCUGGUGGUUUCGUCGGCUCUCAUGUUUCCCUCGCUCUCAAGAGAAGAGGAGACGGCGUCGUCGGUCUCGAUAAUUUCAAUAACUACUACGACACAUCUUUGAAGAAAGCUCGCAGGUCGCUUCUCAGCACCAAUGGCAUAUUCAUCGUGGAAGGAGAUUUGAACGACGCUAAGCUCCUGGCUAAGCUCUUCGACGUCGUCGUUUUCACGCAUGUCAUGCACUUGGCGGCUCAAGCCGGCGUUCGUUACGCCAUGAGGAAUCCUCUCUCGUAUGUUCACAGCAACAUCGCCGGGCUGGUCACGCUUCUAGAAGCGUGCAAAUCGGCGAAUCCUCAGCCUGCGGUCGUCUGGGCUUCGUCCAGCUCUGUGUACGGUCUCAACGAGAUGGUUCCAUUCUCCGAGUAUCACCGGACCGACCAACCGGCAAGCCUCUACGCCGCCACGAAGAAGGCCGGCGAGGAAAUCACCCAUACUUACAAUCAUAUUUAUGGGUUAUCCAUUACCGGUUUGAGAUUCUUCACCGUAUAUGGACCUUGGGGAAGACCCGACAUGGCGUAUUUCUCCUUCACGAAAAGCAUCCUCCAAGGCAGACCGAUCACGAUAUAUCGUGGAAAGAACCGGGUCGAUUUAGCCCGAGAUUUUACGUUCAUCGACGAUAUUGUAAGAGGUUGUGUAGCAUCGUUGGAUACGUCAGGGAAGAGUACCGGUUCGGGUGGGAAGAAGCGAGGACCCGCCCCGUACCGCAUCUUCAAUCUGGGAAAUACGUCGCCGGUGACGGUACCGGCGCUGGUGAGAAUUUUGGAGCGACAUUUGAAGGUGAAGGCGAAGAGGACCAUCGUGGAUAUGCCCGGGAACGGCGACGUUCCAUUUACGCACGCCAACAUUAGCUUGGCCCAAAGAGAACUUGGGUACAGGCCCACGACGGAUUUGGAAACUGGGCUGAAGAAGUUUGUGAAGUGGUACCUUUCCUAUUAUGGCUAUGGGAAGUCUGUAAAUUAAUUAUUUUUCUUUUUUUUUCCCCCUUCUAGGCUUCUAGAAUUUUCUUUCCCAAUUCC